UUUUUUCCUUUAAUUCAAGUUGUGUGAUACCCUCUCCGUCGCUAUGUCAGGCGCAGCUUCAAGCUCGUCCGGGGCCGGGGCGAGCUCGGUGAGCUCGGUAGUGCGGCGUUUCCUAGCGGAGUACAGCAGCGGAACGCCGAGCCGCCUGAAAGUGCUGGACGCCUACCUGCUCUACGUCAUGCUCACGGGAGCGCUGCAGUUCGGCUACUGCCUCGGCGUCGGCACCUUUCCUUUCAACUCCUUCCUGUCGGGGUUCAUCUCCGCCGUGGGGAGCUUCAUCCUGGGCGUUUGUUUGAGGAUCCAGAUCAACCCACAGAACAAAGGAGAAUUUCAGGGGAUCUCACCAGAGCGAGCCUUUGCUGACUUUCUCUUUGCCAGUACUAUCCUGCAUCUUGUAGUCAUCAACUUUGUGGGCUGAUACAGAAGACUUGAAGGUCCUGGAUUUGUCUUGUUUGCUGAAAACCCAGCAUUCCACUGAACAGGCAUCACACCACACAUCAGACUCUGAAUAGGUUCCCUGGUGGCAGUAGGGAUGGGAAUUUAAAAUGUUCCCUAAAACAUAUGGCCAUUGCCUUCACUUUCUAUGAUUUUCAAUAAACCUCUUUUCUUACA